AUGCAACAAGCAACGGGGAACGAAUUACUGGGUAUCCUAGAUCUGGAUAACGACAUAGACUUUGAGACCGCCUAUCAGAUGCUGAGCAGUAACUUCGACGAUCAAAUGCCAGCGCACAUACAUGAAGGUACGUUUAGUACAGCAUCUACACCUCUUUUGACGCACGAGCUUGGCGUUGUUCCCAACGUGGCAACCGUGCAACCUUCCCAUAUGGAAGCACUACCUAUCGAUCAUCAAAUUCACCACGCUACUGUGAACUCGCAAGUGCACUAUCUGAACCACAACCCUAAUCAGACUACCAUAGGUUUUGAACAUACGCUAGGCCCCAAACUUUCUCCUUCUAGUUCCGGAUUGUUGAGCACGAACGAGUCAAAUGCCAUUGAACAAUUUCUGGAUAACCUAAUAUCGCAAGAUAUGAUGUCUUCCACUACUUCUAUAAGCCCUGACAUGCAUCUUCAUGCAAAAUCACCCAAAAAACAGCAUAAGUAUACAGAAACAAACCAGAGAUACGUCGGCACAAAUUCGCAUAAUGACGCGAGGGAAUUGCCUACAAACAUAGUAGAACUGCCAACCGAAUUCAUUAGCAGAGGAGAACCUCACCAACCUGCUAACAAUAAUUACUACAACCCUCCACCUUUUUCGGUGCCUGAAAUAAAAAUUCCGGAUUCUGAGAUUCCAGCCAAUAUUGAAGACGAUCCUGUGAAGAUAAGGAAAUGGAAACAUGUUCAAAUGGAGAAAAUACGAAGAAUAAACACCAAGGAAGCCUUUGAAAAGCUAAUUAAGUCAGUAAAGACUCCACCGAAGGAAAACGGGAAAAGAAUCCCCAAGCAUAUUCUUCUGUCCUGCGUAAUGAACGAUAUCAAGUCCAUCACGAACGCAAACGAAACACUACAACGCAUCCUGGAUAAAUCAUGA